AUGACCGACAAGGACUUUAUCGGAGUGCCUGGUACCAGUUCAUUUGUACCAUCUUCCGAUCCGGUACCAUUCACAUUGGACGAUUGGUGUGCACCAGUUUGGAACAACGACGAGACCAAUGGGUCCAAGAGCCUUCAGGUCCAGACUGAGCCCAUGACCAGCAAACAGGUAACUAGUACUCUUUGGAAGACCGCUUCCAGGUCUGGUACUGUGUAGUAUCGUGCUUAACUUCAGGACGAUUCUCCCCAAUUAAGUCCCAAAAUACAGAUUUCAGUACUGAAGCAGCCGGAGGAACAGCACCGUGCUCGGUAUCUUUCCGAGGGAUCGCGUGGUGCUAUCAAGGACAGGAGUGGUACCUCACAUUGUACCAUUAAAGUUGGUCCUUUUUUAUUUUUUAAAGCAUAUAGCACCAUCUUAUAACAAUAGUACUAUCUGGUGUAAUAUAGUACCAUCUAUGCUAAUGAGUACUUAGAUAAAGCCAAUCUGUAUAACAGAACAGUACCACUAAGUACCAGCUUGUUCUAGUUGGACGGUUACUAUCGCCCCACCAGAGUCGAGAUAUAUGCGGCGAAUGGUACUGGUGCUUUGUCGCCGCACCAGUUCUACAAACUGAUCCCAGUGUCGGGCAAGUCGGCGACAACCACACCGUGCAAGCAGGUGGUCGGGCACGACGGCAUCGACUGCCUCGAGGUAAUGCUGCGACCCGAGAACGACAUGACUGCUGUGUAGGUUACUGUAGCAAGCACGAUCUGGUAAUAUUACUGUAAUUUCGAAAGUACAACAUCUUUUUGGAAAAAAUAUAGUAGUCAAGGUUACUGUAACCUUUUGUUAAGUUUUUAAUGUAUACUGUAUAUUAUCAGCUGUACUUUUAAAAAACACGGUUACUGUAACAUUGUUUUAGUUUGGACUGUAUUGGCAUUUUGAAGAUAUGUUCGUAUAACAAUCGGCAGCGACGACAGCGACGCACGACUACAGCGGAUUCGGGAGAGAAUCUGAAUUCGAUUUCCACCAGAAUCUGCUUCAGAGCUUUUGUUACAGUAGCCCAGGACCAGAUUCAGAUUAUAAAGACGUUUACAGAACCCAUUCGAUGCGGUAAGUCUUUUGCACUGUGCAAAAACAUAUUUUUAUAGCGUUGCACUGUGCAGACAUCUUUGAAUUCUCAUUUUUGCCACUGCACCGUGCAAAGUAAUUGUUUUUCUUGCACUGUGCAAAGCAAUUAUUUUUUGCACCGUGCAGUUGCAAAGCAUUUGCUAUUGUUUUGUUUUGGGGAUUGCACGGUGCAAUGCUUCUUUCCUUUCAAAUUGUCGCUCUUCCAAUUUCUUUGCACUGUGCAAGGUCUAACCACAAUCUUUGCUACACUUGUUGUCGCUCAUCACAUUUGUCGCAAUUUGUUUGUCGCUCUUUCUUUUCCUUGUUCAAGAAAAACAGAAAGAAUGAAUGACAAAAAACAAUUGGCGACAAAGCCGUUCUUCACUGUGCGAUCAGUGAAAGAAGGCGACAAAGCUUGCGAAAACCUUGUGUUCCUUCUGUUGUCGCGAACUUUGCCAGGAGUCCGCGAUUUUUGUUUAGAGACAAACGAUUCUUGACUGAAUGAUUUGCGACAAUGUUGUCGCAUAGGUUCUUUUGGUUUUUGGACGACAUGUCGCAUCAUUUGGCUUUUUUGAAUCUUUGGCGACAAACUCUUUCGGUGUGAAUUUGUCGCGACAAUUUUGUCGCGGGUCUUCUUUGAGGCGUGUCGCAGUUUGUCGCUCAAAUUCAAUAGGGAUUUGUCGCAACAAUUUUGUCGCAGGCCUUCUUGCGACCUGAUCAAUUCUUCACAUUUACGGCGACAUGUUGCACAGUUGUGCGAGUCUUGGAAGAAGCGACAACUUUUUUUGCUUGAAGGGUUUGCGACCGUGUUGUCGCAAACUUUUGACUUGAAGUUUGUCGCGACAUCUUGUUUGAUUGAUCUUCAUGAGAGCUGCGACAAAUCUUUCUUCUGUUUCUUUGCACUGUGCAUACUCUUUUUUUGCUGUGCUUGCAUUGUGCAAGCCAUUCUCUUGUAGUUCUUGCACGGUGCAUUCUUUUUGGCCAUGUCUUGAGGCUGCACUGUGCAGUUUUGCUUCUUUUUGUUUUUGGUUUGCACAGUGCAGCGUUAAUGAUUGCACGGUGCAUUAUUGUUUAGUCUGUGCAGUUUAAAGUUUAAUGAAAUAAAACAUUUUAAAUUAAAAUUUGAAUUUUAGUGCAACAAUUGGGAGUGCCGGAAGUGCUGAAGAUGUCGCUGAGCAAAGCCCAGGCUUCUGGAGGGCAGGAAAUGUUUAUAAUCGGCAGAAACUUUGACCGUAACACUACCGUACUCUUCCGGGAGUACACUGACUGUGAGUUCUUCGAUUACUGUAUUUAUGAAGUUCUUCUACUACUGUAAUUUACCGUAACUUUCUUAUUAUAAACCCUUUAGCCGGAACAUUGUCGUGGAAUGCAGAAGCCGAGAUCCAGAAGCCCUACUUCCACCAGUGCCACAUCGUAUGUCUGGUACCAGAGUAUCCAAACAAGUUCAGAGGGAGUACUGUAUCGGUUACUGUAAAAUGUGGCCAGAAGUUUAGUCAUCCUAACACUUUCGAGUACCUGGCUUGUGGUAAGAUUACUGUAGUAUACUGUAAUGUAGCAUGACUUCUUACUGUAACAUCUCUAUCACAACUUUAUCUUACUAUAUCAGCUUUCUUUCUUACUGUAAUCCUACUGUAUUUUAGAAGAACAAGAAGACGAAUGGUGUCCUCCAGGAUCGCCGCGACCUUCCAUCAAACGGCCUUAUUACCAGCGGCCGAAUCAGUGGGAGAACAACAUGUACGACAUGCCCUACUUCGAGUACGAGAUGAACAACAGCGGGUACUACGGUAACUACGACGAAGCGACAGAUCAGUCCAAGAAACCGCGCGAAAUGUAG